GAACCACGUCCCACACGAUCACAACUCCCACACGAUCACAACUCCCACGCCAUCGGCGUCCAUAGCCUCAUAGCCAUGGGCGACGACGAGGACGGCGUUCCCGCGGCGAAGAGGAGGCAACCGGCGCCGCCGCCGCCGCCGCCGCCGCCGGCAAUGGUGGACUACAUAAGCAACCUCCCCGACGCCAUCCUCGGCGACAUCGUGUCCCUCCUCCCCACCAAGAAGGCCGCGUGCACCCAGAUCCUGGCGAGACGUUGGCGCCCACUCUGGCGGUCCGUGCCUCUCAACAUCGAAUGCCACGGUCUCCUCCGCGACGACGGCACCAUCGACUUCCGGGGCGACCCCGGCGAGCACCUCGACAAAGCCGCCAUCACCCGCAUUCUCUCCACCCACCCGGGCCCCGUCCGCCGCCUCCGCGUCCCGGCGCACCACAUGCAGCCACGCCAUGUCAACGCCCUGAACGACUGGUUCGUGUCCCCGGCGCUCAACAACCUACAGGUGCUCGAGUUCUACCACCGGUGCGACUACGCCAAUUUGUUAGCAGUAUCGUCAUGGCCUCCGCCGCCUGCCUCUGUAUUCCAAUUGACGCCCACCCUCCACGUCGCCACCUUCAGCCACUGCACCAUCUCCGACGGCACUGCCCGGUCGCUUCACUUCCCGAACCUCAAGAUGCUCGCUCUUGAAGAGGCACUCUUACCGGAGACAACGGUGCAGUCCAUUCUCGCCCGCUGCCCCGUCCUGGAGAACCUGCUGCUUAGAGGCAACGUGGGCUCCUCCUGCGUCCGGAUCGUCUCGCCGAGGAUCAGGAGUAUUGCCGUCCAUGUCUCUUCUUUCCGGGGAGGGGCACACUUGCAGGAACUCGUCGUGGAGGACGCCCCCUGCCUGGAGAGGCUGCUCCGGACCCUGCCGGACGGCGACCUGGGCGUAACGGUGACGAACGCGCCCAGGCUGGAGACCUUGGGUUGCCUUAGCGAUGUGUUUGGCGUCACCAAACUCAAGCUUGGCUCAGCGGCUAUUUUGCGAUUAAAUGAUGUCAAGUUCACAGAGGCUGUGUGCUCAGUCAAGAUAUUAGCUUUCUAUAAUGAUACUCUUAGCCUUGAUGUGGUUAUCAACUUCAUGGAAUGCUUUCCGUGCUUGGAGAGGUUAUACAUCAAGUCAUGCUCAGGGGGGAAAAAUGCGUGGCGCAAGAAGUACAGAGGUCUAAACAAACACAAUGACUUCCGCCUGAAGAAUCUAGUAUUGGAAAAUUACCGAGGAACCAAGUCAGAAAUAGACUUCGCCACGUUCUUCAUCAUGAAUGCUAAAUUACUCGAGUCUAUGAGGUUCAAGGUUGAAAGUCGAAUAUGCAUGGAUGGAAGCUGGAUUAAAACUCAGCAUACGCAGCUUCUGAUGGAGAAGAGAAAAUCCAUAUGUGCACAAAUCGACUUCAGGAAAUAUGAUUGCGGGUGCAACCUUACACAUGUUGAAAGCGUCCAUGAUUUGUCCGCAGCUGAUCCCUUUGCAUGUAGGUGUUAGAAUCUCAUGCAAUAGUCCAUCUGAACUUCAUUAGGUCUGUCUCUUUUCAGUAUUUUAAGUUGUAUAUUUUGUUUUAUCAUGGAACUUCCUGAUUUCUUCUUACAGAAUGAAUGAACUUAUGGUUUGACAAUGUUUCA